CACUAACUGCGGUUGUUACUAAUCCGGAUUAACGUUGCCGUGUAAACGUAGUUAUUGAGUUGCACUACGUUCUCGAUUCUUCGGUAUGGUGGCGGCUCGUAACAGAAGUUUCAAAACUAACUUUUGCAGAUACUCAGUGUUUGAUUUAUUAGGUUAUUUUAUUUUUCCUAUUCUCGUCUUUGCUUAUAUUUACAAGUGAUUAAUGUUAUUCGUUAUUUAAUAAAAAAUAACGUACAUAUUCAAUAACUAAUAAAAUAAAAGAAAUAAGAUUUAGUCUCAUGAGUAAUAUUAAACAAGGAUUUAUUGCUGUGCAUGUAGGUGCUGGUCAGCACUCGGCAUCACUCAAAGAAAAAUAUCAAAAGUUGUGCCGUGAAGCAUGCAAAGUGGGAACUGAAAGUCUGAAAUCUGGUGAUAGCGCAUUAGAUGCAGUUGUCAAAGCUACAGUUGCACUGGAAGAUUCUCCUAUGACAAAUGCUGGGUUUGGGUCAAAUCUUACCUUAAAUGGAACAGUGGAAUGUGAUGCAAGUGUGAUGGAUGGUAGCAGCUUACAGUUUGGUGCAGUAGGAGCAGUAAGCGGAAUAAAAAAUCCUGUCUUACUGGCAAAGCGUUUGUGUGAGCAACAAUCUAUUAAAUUUCCAUAUGGCAGAAUUCCACCUAGCUUCCUAGUUGGGAAUGGUGCACAUAUUUGGGCACAUGAAAUGGGCAUACAAACCUUACCACCAGAACAAUUAAUAUCAAUGAGAGCCCAGAAGAUUUAUAAACAUUACAAGAGAAAAGUAGAAGACAAUAGUGUGGAAAUCCAAAAAUGUGCUAAGAAAAGAAUGGAUACAGUAGGUGCCAUAUGUGUCGAUGCUAGUGGAAAUAUUGCUGCAGCUUGUUCAAGUGGUGGUAUAAUAUUAAAAUAUCCUGGAAGAGUCGGACAAGCAGGAGUAUGGGGUUGUGGUGCUUGGGCUUGUAAAGAUACGUCUUACUCGAUAGGCGCUAGUACAUCGGGUUGCGGGGAACAUCUUGUACGUACCUCGUUAGCGCGCACAAUCGCGGAAGCCAUUUCCGACACGUCUUGUCCAACUACAAGUUUACACCGGUCGAUGAAUGCAGAUUUUAUCGAUUCAAAAUUUCUUGAUGGACUUGAACAGAAGCUCGGUGGUGUAAUCGCUAUACGAUAUUCGCCGCAAGAAGGAUUAGGUGAUUUUCUUUGGAGUCACUCUACAAAUUCCAUGAUAAUAGGAUAUAUGAACACGUGUGAAAACGCACCAGUGAGUUAUAUGUCGGUCUUACCAUCGUCUGAAGUAGGUAAGAAAGCUGUCGUUGAAGGCGUCUGUUUUAAAAUAAGACUUGAAGCCUGAUUAAAACUAUAUAUAUAAGGUAUAGAUAAUUCUUUUUUUUAUAAAUAUAUAAUAUUGUAAACACUUUGUAUACACAAUUUUUAUACAAGAUUGCAAUAUUUUAUUUUAUCAAAUUCAUCAAUAAUAGUAUUGCGGUAAUAAAUUAUUUUACAUAACCAUUUUAUAAUAUACAAUUUUGCAGACAUUUUCCUAUAUUUGUCUAUUGUUAACUCGUGUAAAUGCAAUAAUAAACUUGACAAU